AGCGGCGCCCAGCCGGCCCGCGCGUUCGAAUACGCCCGGGCCUUCUCGUACGAGAACCAGCUCUUCGACGCCGUGCGCGCCGCGCACGCCGAGGGCUGCUGGGCGACGCCGCACGUGUUCCUGCCCACGGAGGCCUCCCUCGCGUCGGUCCACCGACGCGUCAUCCCCGCCAAUCCCUUGAACAAGCCGCGCGCCCGCGCCGCGCCGAGC